CGGUGGCCCAAGUACUGUUCUAAUCCUAACUCUGCAUUAAAGCAAGUACGCUCAAUGUGCCUGGAUGUGUUCUUGCUCCACCCAUUAUGUCAAGUAUGCAUCGAUGCAUCCUUGUGCGGACUUUGACACGCAAGGUAUCCCCACAACAAAUUGUGCCACCAGCAGCAGUAAAUGGAAAAGGUGAGUGCAGAAUUUUAUCGUUUUUAUACCACUAUUAUUUUCUCACAAAAAGUAGUUUUAAGAUAUUCUAGCUAUGAAAGCAAAACUCAAAUUUCAUAUAUGCAGUCAGUUCAUCAAGAAUGUGCAUACCAUAAAAUGUGCUAUGAAAUGUUGGGAGCAGCACAGCUCCGCUGACAGGCCACAUUGGCUGUUGUCCCUACUAACUGCAGACUGACCUCAGCAAGUCAAUCUAUCAUUUUCUGCAAGUCCGUGGAGUUCAGUGCUUUGAUUGUGACCUGGGCAUGGUUGUAUAUUUCUUUUGUUUUGUCCUUUUCAAUGUCGUCUCUGCCAAUGAUUGGGAUAUUUAUUCGUCACCCCGACCUGCACUGAGUCUGCGCAGAGCGUAUGAUAGUUGUUGUUCAGCGCAUGAAGGCUCCCAUCCCCCCAGAAAGUAUUCAGGACCAGCCACACGUCGGAGCCAACUGAACUUCACAUCCAGAGCAGCAGCUAUUACUGUCCUGUUACCAGAUUUGGUUGGAUUUCGUCAGCUAGCAUCUAUCAGGGUGAGUUGAAGUUUCAAUAGAAAAUCUGUUUUGCGCAGUUUUUUGUGGAGAAAGCUUGUUUACAUUCGGUACCUGAGAAUAACAGCAUUCGCGCACCUUAUUAGCACUUGGUUAGCGGUCGCAACUCGCCCCCCCCCCCCCCCCAACAGAAAUAAAUAACAACGCAAAACAUAAAGCACGAGUAACAUUAAGAAGAAGUCGCGUGAUUGUUUUCGGAGUUAAGACGAAGAUUAAUGACGGAUAUGUUCUUAAGUAGUGAACGCUGCAGCCAUCGAGGGGCCUCUUGGCUCAUUUUGCGCAGCUACCACGUCAAACCCAAGAAAUGAAAUAGUAAUAAACUAGUAAUGGUAAUACAUACAUUUAAAGACAGUGCUCUUGGGUGACAAGUGUGUGACUUUAGUAUUGCGUCUCUUUUCGAUUAAUUAAUUUAUAUUCAUGCCAAAAUUCACCGCACAUUUUCUCCGUUUCUGUUCAUCUUUUCCUGGCAUCUCCUACAAGUACACAUCAUUUGCACUCCACCAGCAGAUGGUUAUGCUUUGUUGUAGUUUAUUUGGAAGUCUACCCGGUGUAGUACUGCUGAAAAGUCGCAAAUAGCUGUCCCUUUAAACCGCGUAGGGCGCGUGAACGCGCUGUGCCGUGGCUCCCUUGUGCAUUUGCGCAGAAAGUGUCCAAACCCUCGGGGUGAAAUGUUAAACUAAACCUGAAUGCUGUCACUGCAGAACAGAUGAUGCAACGUAUUUUUUGCUAGUUUUUGCUUAUUGCAUUGAUGUUUGUCUUAAUCCUUCAUUGCAUUGUGUGUUUCAGAAGAGGCCACGUUGAGCCAGCAUGUCUCCACAGCAGAAGUAAGUCCUUUCUGCUUGCUCUGGUGUUUGUGCAAAAAACAGUAACAGUUACCAGAAAGAGUAAAUUCUCACAUCCAGUCUCUUUUUAUUCUUGACUUUUGGAGACUUCGAAAGGCCAGUUCCCUGAGGACGGAGGGCACGACAAGGUACACGCACCUUGAGAAGGUCAUUUAAGUAAGGAGGUGCAAGUCCAUGCACCUUCUUAUUUAAAUUUAAAUGCGCCUAUAUGUCAGCCAGAGUGCCUUGAAGUGUCAGCUGGAACCUGACAAGGAAGACAAUGAAGAGAAAUGUUACAUCAGAAUUUUGCCAAAAGCCGAAAACAAUCAGUGAUAUACAUUUAAGCACCACAGGCCAUCUGAUCGGCGCGUUAUCUAUUGCCUCCUGUGCCAAAAGCCCCAAAGGCAUAUUUCCACUCACCUGGCCAGGUGCUGCAUGAAGGGCCAGUCUCCAUCAGAACAGCAGAAGGAGCUUCAGAGGGCAAAGUGCUCCAUGAAAGCAUGGACCCUUAAAGGACGGCGUUGGGACUACCGCCAGCUCAGCCGUUGGUGCGCGGACCCGGCCGGCCGCUAUGAGCUGCUGAACCACCUUCGGGAGGCGGGGUUCUUUGUUUUGCACCCACCUGACGAGCAUGAGCUGUCCACGCUCAAGGAGGCAGCAGCUCUGGCCGAGGAAGCCGCCGAGCCCGAAUCUGCUGAGCCCGCAGCCGCCUCGGCGGAGGUGUCUGUCACCAGUCUGGAGUUGGGGUCCGCCUCUGGCAGCGAGGAGGAGCCGGGGAAGGAGCAGGAUAGGUCGUCUGGGCAGACUUCCACGGGGCAGACAGGGGCUCGGAAAAAAAUGAAAGGGAUGGGGAUGUACAGGCAAGUGUCCUUAGAUGACCCGCUCCUCAAGAGCUACAGGGCACACCUUGCUGAGACACUAAACAUCUCCAAGAGCAAACAGGAGAUUGCCAAUGUGGCCCGAUGGUUGCAUUUUCUCUUGCCGCUUUCAGGCCAGGUGUCCGCAGAGUUUGUACGCAGUGUGGCCAAGGUCGGCCAAUACGUCAAGAACCGUGAGAGCGCUCAGUUGGGCAGGGCCACGAUCACUACGUACAUUGAGCACAUGCUGCGCUUCACUGCGUUUGUCAGGGAGCGGUCCAACCCAGAGGAGGCUGCGGACUGCGAGAUUUUCAUCCAGGCUCUCAAGUCCGCCUUGCAAAACCUGGGGAGCAAGGAUGAGCGUAGCAGAAGGCAAGCACAGUCUGCUAUGGCUUGUCCUCAUGAUCCUAAGCUGGUGGUGGGGCCUGCCACCACCCUGCGCAGAUGCCAGGGGGUCAUCUUCAGGGCAGAGGAGGAAAUGCAGAAGCUCCAGAAGAACCUGGACCAGGACAGCCACGUCACAGAGGAGCAGAGGACUCGCUACCGCUACUACUGCCAGGUUCUGCUCAUCCUCAAGCUCUGCCUGAAGCCAUCGGUGGUAGAAAACCUCACAGCCAAAGAGUGGCUAGAGCGCAUUCCCUACGGUGAUAUGAUGGUUGUGGUGCACCAUGCAGUCGGCAAAUGGACAGCCUCUUUCGCCCUGUUUAAGAGUAACGCCUCUCUCCUGGAGACGUACUUUAACAAGGUCCGUGCAGGGUAUAUCCAGGGGAGUGAUGUCGAGGACGUUCGCUUUUUCCUGACCCGGUCAGGGUCCGCCAUCAAAAGCGCACAUGUGGAACUGAGCCGUCUGCAUCUACAAAACACCGGCUCCCUUCAAGGCAAACAGGCUCCAAAGAGACGCACGGAAAGCAGCCAGGAGCAGGAGCAAGACCUGGGUGCUUUCUUGCAAACAUUUCCAGUGGGGCUGGAUGGUCGGGCACCUACCAAAAAGAAGAGGCAGGAAAAGGGCUUCUCCACCGACAGGAGCCUGUAUAAUGCUUGGAGGUCCGAACAGUACAAGCAGAGGCACCAGUACCUGAAAUGUAAGUCUUACCCACGGUUCCUUGCCACAUGGAAACAUGCCAAUGGAGGGAGAAGGGUGGGGGGUGUUUCAAUUGUCAUCCGUAACCGAAAUGUGGGUGGUCUGUCUCAGCCAAAUGGAGCCGGCAACAGCCUGCAGUGCAACAGGUCCGCAGUUACAUCAAGCAGAUGGGCUGGACGGGAAACUGCGUCUCUGCCGAUGAGGUCGUCCGCACUGGAAAAGGACGAGGAACUCAUCAGGCACGUCGCACAGCAGAGCUGGACAGGGCUAGUUAUUGCCGAGAGCAGAAAGCACGGUGCCGGAAGAGGUGGGUGGAUGUCACAUGCUGAUUUGUCACAGUUGAAUCACAGUUAAUGAGUCGGAUCAGAGUUAAACCAGUCGUUAUGAUUCAGAAUCAGCUUUGUUGCCAAAUUUGGGCACACAGCAAACACACAUUCUGUCCGCCUUUUGCCGUGUUUCUGUGCAUGUCCCUUGUGUGUUCGUGGGACAGCAUGUGGCUUUGACAAGUGACGCUUUUGCACUUUCUCCUUACACACAGGGCUAGGGUUAGGGGAAGGGGACUGACUCCUUCUCCCGAAAGAGAAGGUCGGUGCACGGUCCAUCCCCUGGGGCACCCUAGGCCCUUGGUUCCAGGCUCAGGGGUUAGGGUUAGGGUUAGGCAAUUUUUCUCUCUCGGUGACUCUCCCCAACUCGUCCAGCGACUGAGUGGUUGAAACUGGAAAGUCAAAGGUAAUGCACUGGCCGUCGCACGCCGUCCGCAGCUCUCAUGUCCUUGGACGCACCCAAGCAGAGGAAAUAGUAGUAAUAAUAGUAAUAAUAAUAAUAAUAAUAAUAAAGAGCUAAAGUCAGAGUUGUAUAACAUGCUAAGGCUGUAUAAGCUCUCCUUCAAACAAGCUAACUUACUAAAUAAAUGCUGAGGUCCUAAUCCCACUGUAAGAUAAGUCCUGAAAGGCUGGUUACUGAAAAACUAAAAUUGUGGAAAGAUUCUAUUUUACAGUGUAAAAUACAGAAAAA